AGGACACAUAACUCAUCUAUAUUUUUCCCCAAGGAGAAUUGCUCCGUAAACAACAAGCAUCACCAUUUCUUGAACAUAUUCGUAGAGAACCACUCCCACCCCCUACCCAUAUAGCACACAGAAAAAAAAUAAAAUUAGUCAAAUUUUCUAAUGGCGACUAUAAGAAAAGCUGUUAUCAAUGUCCACAGACUCAUCAACUCUAACAAAAGCAUCAUCACUUCUUCCACAAAACCCUUUCUCCAUUUCAGGCCUCCUUUUGCCCCUUUCACGUCCCAAUCUCAAUCACCCGUAGUUAUUAAUUUAUCUAACGAAGAAUCCAAAAGGCGCUUAUUUAACAGGUUAUUAUAUAGAAGCAAACAACGCGGGUUUCUGGAACUGGACUUGGUUCUUGGCAAAUGGGUAGAGGAUAAUAUCCAUAAAUUGGAUGAAAAUCGGAUUAAAGCUCUCAUUCAUGUCCUCGACUUGGAAAAUCCAGAUUUAUGGAAGUGGAUAUCAGGACAGGAGCAACCCCCAGAAUCAGUUGAUGUAAACCCAGUCUUUGCUGCAUUGCGGGGAAAAGUUAUGAAAAACCUUGACAGCCAUUCUGCUCCUGAAACUAGAGCAACACUUGGCCAGCCAUGGGUAAGAGGUUGGGAUGAUAUUAAGAAAGGCCGGGAUGCUCCUGCAUCUGGAAAUCAAUAGCUUGAGAUUGAGUAUUUUUUCGUCUACCUAUGGCAAAGAAUAGAAUCGGGUUCACCUUUUUUGUCACUAUAAGUCACUAAAAUAAUAGUAUCAAUAAAUGUUUCUUUAAGGUUUGUAUUAGCUAGUACUAGAUAUAAGUGAAAGGGGUAUAAACUUUGAAGAUUCUGACUUGAAUCUUAACUAUUAUCUGUAAUCUAUCUUUUGAUUAUUGGCAUAUUGUUUGGGGAUUGGUCAUCAAUGAAAAUCAAAGGGGGAGGGACGAUCCUUUGUUCAUUGCAGAAUGUAAAGAAACUAACGAUAAAAGAAAGAAAGAAAUAGUCUGAAUGCUCUUCUCCCUGCCAGGGUUUACACUCAAUGGAGUAACAGUCUAGAGCCAUCUCUGCGUUGAUAUCUGGAUUUAUUACAAACUAAAUGUGUUCACUUUCACAAUACAUGUGACUUUUGGACAAUGUAUCAUUGUAUGCGUUUCUUUUUUUAAA